UGAGGUUGGCUGUGUUUAAACUUUUCUCUUCAAAAAAUAAAAAGGUUUUUUUUUCUGUUUACGUUAAUUUCGCUUGGGUUAUUCAUCCAAAAAAGCGAGGGCCCUCUGUAAUUUUCUUUUGUCCUCGCCUUCCACAUAUGGAGAAUUCAGAAAACGCUCCAUUUUAAAUACCAGUUCUUCAGAGCCUUGUUUUUGAGGAGUUUUAUACACCAAAACCCAUGGCCAUGUACUCAGCUUCUUGUUCUAGUAAUGGCCUUCACUUUGCUAUAAAUUCCAGAAGUUCCUCCUUCAAUGGUGUCCUGAUUCCCACAAAUCCUAGCAAUUUGGCCUUUAGCUCCACUGUGACGCCUUCUGGUUCUGUUAUAUGUAGAAUCGCUGAAAACCCAACUCUAGAAAUGGAGGUUUCCCCAGUUAUACAGAGGCCUGAUUCAUUUGGACGGUUUGGAAAAUUUGGGGGAAAAUAUGUUCCUGAAACCCUAAUGCAUGCUCUCACUGAGCUGGAGUCGGCUUUUGCAAAAUUUGUCAAAGAGAAGGAAUUUAAGGAUGAACUAAAUGGGAUUUUGAAAGACUUUGUUGGCCGCCCGUGCCCCCUAUACUUUGCGGAGCGACUCUCAGAGCACUAUAAGCGUCCCAAUGGUGAGGGGCCCCACAUAUACCUGAAGAGGGAAGAUCUCAACCACACUGGGGCCCACAAGAUCAACAACGCGGUUGCUCAAGUGUUACUCGCAAAGCGCCUGGGUAAGAAGCGCAUAAUUGCUGAGACUGGUGCUGGUCAGCAUGGAGUUGCAACCGCCACUGCAUGUGCGAGGUUUGGUUUGCAAUGCAUUGUAUACAUGGGGGCUCAAGACAUGGAGAGACAGUCUCUAAAUGUGUUUAGAAUGCGUCUCCUUGGAGCUGAGGUAAGAGGUGUCCAUGCUGGUACUGCAACACUGAAGGAUGCCACAUCGGAGGCUAUCCGAGACUGGGUAACAAAUGUAGAGACCACACAUUACAUUCUCGGUUCUGUUGCAGGGCCACAUCCGUAUCCAAUGAUGGUAAGAGAGUUUCAUGCAGUCAUUGGUGAAGAAACCAGGAAACAGGCUUUGGAGAAAUGGGGUGGAAAGCCAGAUGUAUUAGUGGCCUGUGUUGGUGGUGGUUCGAAUGCAAUGGGACUCUUUCAUGAGUUCAUUGAUGACAAAGAUGUAAGGUUGAUUGGUGUGGAGGCUGCUGGGUUUGGCCUAGAUAGUGGUAAGCAUGCUGCGACAUUGACUAAGGGGGAGGUAGGUGUUCUUCAUGGGGCUAUGAGUUACUUGUUGCAGGAUGAGGAUGGGCAAAUUGUUGAGCCACACUCAAUUAGUGCUGGGUUGGAUUACCCUGGGGUUGGACCUGAACAUAGCUUUUUGAAGGACAUUGGCCGUGCUGAGUACUAUAGCAUUACUGAUCAGGAGGCACUGGAUGCUUUCAAGAGGUUAUCUAGAUUAGAAGGCAUUAUCCCUGCCCUUGAGACCUCCCAUGCUUUGGCAUAUUUGGAGAAGCUUUGCCCAACUUUACCCGAUGCAACAAAGGUUGUUCUCAACUGUAGUGGCCGUGGAGAUAAGGAUGUUAUGACCGCAAUUAAACUUUUGGAGGUCUAGUGAAGUUCUUUCUUUAUACUUUCUCUCUCCCAUAGUAUGCAGGCUGUUGUAUUCAUUUUCAAGAAGAGGGGAAAUUGUGGUUCAUGCAUUAAACUAGUCGACUAGAAUAAAUUAUGGUGCAUUGUGUUUGCUCAAGUGCAGUUUUGUAUUUGUUGUUAUAUGAUAUACACCUGGUGAAAUAUAAUGUUACAAUCUUGAAGUUUAUCCGUUA